UGACUUGUGGCUGUUGUUUGUUCCUUAAAUAAAUCCGUCGGCAUGUUUGUAUUGUUAGUUUUAUUAGGCUUUGGUCUGUGUGCUGGGAAUAUUCAAAAACCAGGAAAAUUAAUCGGAAAACUGGAAACAAUUUACCACGGAGUGACUGGUGACGUGUACGUAAGUGAAGAGAGCGACUCCAAGUUGAACAUCAUCAACUUCAACUACGACGGCGAAGGGCCUGCCACAGUUUUUUGGAUCGGUCUGAAGGGCAAGCAUGGUCCUCUGAUCGAUAGCUCAGGCAUUCUCGUUCCUGACGAAAAUGGACAGACGGGGCCGUUGAAAGAGUACAAGCAGGCCAACAUAACCAUCAACCUGCCCAACAACAUCAAGUCGUCGCAAGUCAAGUGGCUGGCUGUCUGGUGUCAGAUCUUUAAGUUGGACUUUGGACACGUGUUCUUCCCAUGAAGAGAUGCAGGCUGUUGAAAUGUUGGACCCGCGUGUUGACGAUGUUCUCGUUGAAUCAAAUGACAAAUCAAUCAACUUAAUAUUAUUUUCUAUUUCUUCGUUUUAUGAUCAUUCACGUUCGUGCUAGUUCCAUCCGAUCAAAAUCAUUUCACUAUGUUGACAAUAAUUCAUUGUGAUUUUCUGAUUAUGUUAUGUCUGUAUAAUUUAUGAGGAGCUAAUUUGUAGGAAUUAAAAAAAAUAUUUCUUACAUUUUAAAUUUCAUUUUACUGGUUAAUGAAGUUUUUAUAAACAAAACAUUAAACUAAAAAGUCAAAUUAAAAAAAAACUGGCAGUUAAAAGCCCGUGAGCAUUUUAUUCCUUAACAAAUCGGCUCUGUGUUUAUGUCUAUGUCU